UAUAAGCUCCUUCUUCUCUCCACCAUAACAAAUCGUAACGAUUCUUUGGAGUCUUUUCUAUUCGUUUCUUUUUCUUUCACAUAUUCGGCGCUUUCCAAGCUCAAGCUUCUUCUCUAUAUUUUCUGUUAUCUCGUUCGCGGAUCUAGCAAUGGCCGGAAAAGGAGAUGGACCUGCCAUCGGAAUCGAUCUUGGCACCACCUACUCCUGUGUUGGAGUGUGGCAGCAUGACCGUGUAGAAAUCAUCGCCAAUGACCAGGGUAACAGGACGACGCCUUCUUACGUCGCUUUCACCGAUUCCGAACGGUUGAUCGGUGACGCCGCCAAGAAUCAGGUCGCUAUGAACCCUAUCAACACCGUUUUCGAUGCCAAGCGUUUGAUUGGAAGGAGAUUUACUGAUACAACCGUCCAGAGUGACGUGAAGUUGUGGCCAUUCAAAGUUGUUGCUGGUCCUGCUGACAAACCUAUGAUUGUUGUAAACUACAAGGGCGGGGAAAAGCAGUUUGCUGCUGAGGAGAUUUCCUCUAUGGUCCUCAUGAAGAUGCGUGAGAUUGCCGAGGCUUAUCUCGGAUCAGCUGUAAAGAAUGCUGUGGUUACAGUUCCUGCAUACUUUAACGAUUCCCAGCGUCAGGCUACAAAGGAUGCUGGAGUCAUUGCCGGCCUUAAUGUCAUGCGUAUCAUCAAUGAACCCACCGCCGCUGCUAUAGCUUAUGGUCUUGACAAGAAGGCCACUAGUGUGGGUGAGAAGAACGUGUUGAUCUUUGAUUUGGGUGGUGGUACUUUUGAUGUCUCUCUUCUCACUAUUGAGGAGGGCAUUUUUGAAGUUAAGGCCACUGCUGGAGAUACUCAUCUUGGAGGUGAAGAUUUUGACAACAGAAUGGUUAACCAUUUUGUUCAGGAGUUUAAGAGGAAGCAUAAGAAGGAUAUUAGUGGGAACCCAAGGGCGCUUAGGCGAUUGAGGACUGCCUGUGAGAGGGCGAAGAGGACUCUCUCGUCUACUGCACAGACCACAAUUGAGAUUGAUUCUCUUUACGAAGGUGUUGACUUCUACACAACUAUCACCCGUGCUAGGUUUGAGGAGCUUAACAUGGAUCUGUUCAGAAAGUGUAUGGAACCUGUUGAAAAGUGUCUGAGGGAUGCGAAGAUGGACAAGAGCACCGUCCACGAUGUUGUCCUAGUUGGUGGAUCCACUAGAAUUCCCAAAGUGCAGCAGCUGUUGCAAGAUUUCUUUAAUGGCAAGGAACUUUGCAAGAGUAUCAAUCCAGACGAGGCUGUUGCCUAUGGAGCUGCUGUUCAGGCAGCAAUAUUGAGCGGUGAGGGUAAUGAGAAAGUGCAGGACCUGUUGCUGUUGGACGUUACACCCCUUUCUCUUGGUUUGGAAACUGCAGGUGGUGUCAUGACUGUUCUCAUUCCAAGGAACACCACCAUUCCAACCAAGAAGGAGCAAGUGUUCUCUACUUACUCCGACAACCAACCCGGUGUCUUGAUUCAGGUAUACGAGGGAGAGAGAGCUAGAACCAGGGACAACAAUUUAUUGGGUAAAUUUGAGCUCUCUGGCAUUCCCCCAGCACCUAGAGGUGUUCCUCAGAUCACCGUUUGCUUUGACAUAGAUGCCAACGGUAUCUUGAAUGUCUCAGCAGAGGACAAGACCACGGGGCAGAAAAACAAGAUUACUAUUACCAAUGACAAGGGUAGACUCUCAAAGGACGAGAUUGAGAAGAUGGUCCAGGAGGCAGAGAAGUACAAGGCAGAGGAUGAAGAGCACAAGAAGAAGGUUGAUGCAAAGAAUGCACUGGAAAAUUAUGCCUACAACAUGAGGAACACUAUUAAGGAUGAGAAAAUUGCUUCCAAGCUUUCUGCCGAUGAUAAAAAGAAGAUUGAAGAUGCCAUUGAGAGUGCUAUUCAUUGGUUGGACAGCAACCAACUUGCCGAAGCAGAUGAGUUCGAAGACAAGAUGAAGGAGCUGGAGAGCAUUUGCAACCCAAUCAUUGCGAAGAUGUACCAGGGUGCUGGUGCUCCCGACAUACCUGGAGGCAUGGAUGAAGAUGUUCCUGCAUCUGCAUCUGGUGGUGCUGGUCCCAAGAUCGAAGAAGUUGAUUAAUCUGUUUGUUUCUUUACAUGUUCUGGUGGACUUAUAUAUUUCGGUAUCAUUUUACUUUUUCUCUUUAUUUUAUUUUGUUCCUAAUUUUGGCCCAACAUUUUGGUUUUUCACAGUCAGGAAUGGUUUAUCCGGACUUAACCUGGACUACAAAUGUUAAAAUUAAAAAUCUUUUGGUAAAGAUAACAAUUUUAUUGGCCA